UCGCUGCGCUAGCAGCAAAUGCUACCCGGGGUUCUCUAUUCUAACCUAGGCGCUGACGUAUUACCAAGCUGGCCUUCGCCGAAGCUUCCAGCUCCCGAUGCUAAGGACGAAAUAUUAUAAACCAUCAUGUCCUCACAGGACAAAACCGGGCAUGUUCUGUCGUGAAUGCGCAAGUGCUGCUAUUCAAGGCUGACUAUCAAUAAUACAAAACCUUACUCCUGCACCAGUACAAACGCGCCGGCUGUCCUUAGAAGUCUGGAGACCACCGACUUGCGACAACAUGGCGGACCCAGCGAAGGAGGACUCCAUCUCCAUGUCGUUCACGCACAGUGGCUCAACACACAAUAUGACCUUUCCCAAAGAAUCGACAAUAACUGAUUUGUCCAAACAAGUUGAAGUCCGCCUCUCAAUUCCCAUUAGCAACCAGAAAUUCGUGAUCGCGAAACUCGGUCUCCUCAAACCGCCCUUCAAAGACCCCGAUCUGCCCCUGACCCAUCUUGAAAACAAGAAAAUCACCCUCAUGGGCGCAACCGCCUCCGAAGUCGCGUCUCUCACCUCUGCCUCGCAAGCAGCAGCAGCCCGUGAAGCCUCCAUCGCUGCGGCGCGCCGUAGCCAACCGCGGGCCUACUCGCGGCGCAACCCCACCCAAGCCGCCGAAGCCAGCACCUACACUUUCCUUUCCAUCCGCCCGCUCCCCAACCUGCCCAACCCCGAGCGCUCGCGCGCCUUCCUCGAGCGCCUCAAAGCCGACCCGGGCAUCGUCGCCGCGAUGAAGAAACACCAGUUCAGCGUCGGGCUUUUGACGGAGAUGGACCCUCUGACGUACACGGAGUCGAGCCUCGAGGGCACGACGCGCAUACUGGGUUUGAAUAGAAAUCGCGGCGAGGUUAUUGAGUUGAGGCUUCGCACUGAUGCGUAUGAUGGGUAUCGCGAUUAUAAGACGAUACGGAAUACGCUGUGUCAUGAGCUCGCGCAUAAUGUCCACGGGCCGCAUGACCGGGAUUUCUGGGAUUUGUGUCAUCAGAUCGAGCGCGAGGUCGCGAGGGCGGAUUGGAAAUCGGGUGGGCAUAGUGUGGGGAAUUCAGAGUUCUAUGAGCCACCUGAGAGUAGUGAGGAGGUUGCGUAUGAUCACGGGGGAUGGACAGGUGGGCAGUUCGUGCUCGGCGGUGGUGGGGGAUCGAGUGCCGGUGGAAGUAGUACGGCGGGUGGUGGGACGUUGAGCAGGAGGGAGAUUAUUGCUAAGGCGGCAGAGGAGAGGCUUAAGAAGAUGGCGGAGGAGCAGCAGGAACAGGAUGGGCAGGGUGAAGGCUCGGCAUGAGUUUGAAAGCAUGGUCGGGAGGGAGUACCCCCCUGUGAUGGUGAUGAUGGGAUGAUGACAUUUCGGUAUUACAUUGCGACGGCGUUGGAAGGACUAGGACAUUACUAUAUAGGCUAGGUCGACACCAAGUAUCCCAGAGUAUGGCUGGGCUGUGAUAUUUAUCGUUGUUGCUCAAACCAACUAAAAGACAGUCGAGCAGCCACAGCUUCAGUGUGUCUUAUAAUACAGUUGAUACACUUAGAAGUUUCAAGCAUACCUGAUGCCCUG